AUGGAUGUUUCUUCCACUUCCGAUGAUGAAAUAACCCUCUUGCGCACUUGGGCCCUGACUGUCACUCAUGUGGCAUGUGAUUAUACGGAACAGAAAUUCAAUGCAGAGAAGACAGGAGGAGACCCAGUUAUACCUUCUCCAAACCUAGACACUGAUCUGGUGAUGGCUUGUGAUCGAUUGGUUGAUCGGCUCAUAAAGGCAUAUAAAAAUCCCAUUCAGAUGCCAAUCGAUAUUGCAAGAUAUAGCAAAUUGAUCUCCCCAAAGGACACGGGGCGUAAUGAAGAGAGAGAGGAAAAGUUGCUCGAGAGGUGUCCUCCUGGCCAUGAGGGCACAAAGUUGAUCGACAUACCCGCGACAAUUCUUGAUGCAUCCGGUGCCAUCAUCGCAUGGUACCUCCCAGACGCCUUGACCGAUGCCACCCAGAAUGAAAUUUGGGCGGCCUCGGAUUUGCUAGCUCCCAUGCUCGAACAAAGCAUAAAGCUCGAUGGGAUUUGGCGGACUAAUCAACAGUGGUUCACACCAAGCUCGGAAAAUGAUGUCCUAACUCCUGGAUGCGUUAAUUUAUCUCCGGCAUGGUUUCACCAGGGGCACGAGAAUCAGUCCGAUCCAGAGGUAUCUGCAUCAUUGAAGGGACCAUCCUCCGAGAACAUCCUCAAAGCCAUUGCGAGGCCAGCAGCCAUUGCCACAGCGGCACUCAGGGUGAUGCAUCCUGAGCAGUACUGGGCAGGGUUGCAAGCCUUUGCGAGCCUCGGAGAAAAGGCACGAAGCAAGGAACUGCCGAAGAUGUCAGAGACUCUCCAGUACUGGGCAACGGUGUUUAACAGCCUCACCGUCAUAUGCAAUUGGGAAACCCCGAAUCAUCGAGACCCCUCAUCGAUUUCCGAAUGCUUCGAUAUUCUCACUAGCAUGGGGAAUUAUUCUAAUGCUCGGAUGAGUAUGCCAAGCCUGCAGCUGGAGUUAAGUGGAAGGGGAUCGGAUUGCCUGGGCAUGGUAUAUGAGGGAUGCUGUUCAUGUUUAUGCUGGGAUUCCAUCGUGUGGAUGGGCAAGGUUGGAUUGGAAGAAGUAGAAAGGCACUCCAUACUCAACAUUCGGGUUUCGGGUCUUGAUAGUCGGGACUCGAUAUUCGAUUUCACUGACUACCGAGUACCGGGUUUUGGGUUUCGGUACACGUGUCGAAUCUCGGGCUUCGGGCUUCGUGUUUUGGGUCUCGAUAAUAGGGACUCGAUACUCGAUGGUCAGCACUCACAUCUCGGGCUUCGGGAGUCGAUUGUCGGGACUCGGGUUUCAAGACUCGGUAGUUGGGACUCGAUAGUGCGGAUUCGGGUUUCAAGACUCAGUACCCGGUACUCGGGUUUCGGUACUCGGUGA